AUGGCAGCCAGCAGCAGCCUACCCCUCGCCGUCCUCUUCCUCCUCGUCCUCGUCGCAUCCGCCGUCCCGGCCACUGCCGGCGGCGGCAAGUACAGCGGCGCCAGGAUGGCGAUCAUCAGCGGCCCUGCUGCGACGACAAGGGUCGCCGGCGCUGACGGUGCUCGGAGUAACGAGUGGCAGCAGCACUACCGGCGACUGGUGGAGGACGAGGUGGCGCCGGCGGAGCUCGGCAGCCUGCUGCUGGGCGCCGGCGACGGCCGCCUCGGCAACCACGUCCUCAACCCGGACAACACGGGCUGCGAGAGAAGCAGCCAGUGCGCCGCUAAGGGUCGUGGUGGGUCCUACACCCGGCCGUGCACGUACAAGAACUACUGCGCGCACUGA